AUGUCAUUUGACUUCGAUCUCACUGCGCCAUUUCAGCCUGAAUUUAGCACAAGAGAUCAAGGCGAGCAUCGACACAAAGUUAGGCCUGUACAGAUUGUCGCUCCAUCAUCCACGAAUGGCUAUAGGUUGAACGAAGGAGCACUUACUUCAGUGCUUGGACACACAUCCAUUGCUAACAAGAAGUUUUUCUUAGAGUUCUAA